AUGCUUCUUACUUCGGCAUUCCUCAGCCCACUGGGCUUGUUGCUCCUAAGCACGAUAGGGUCUCGCGCUGCUAGUGUGCAAUACGAUUCAUCAAUCCCAAUAAAUCAGCGCAGCGCUCAGGAGGUGAUUGCACAACUCAAACUCAUCCCUAAUGACGAGAAGGGUUAUUAUGUACAGACCUUUGAGGAUGUCGACUCGGUUACAAGAAGUCCAGGCAAUAGCACUCGGUCUGCCAGCACCGCCAUUUACUAUUUACUCGAAGGCGCGGUAGGGUCAUCUUAUUGGCACCGUGUCGACGCUGUCGAAGUUUGGCACUACUAUGCAGGCGCACCGCUAACGUUGUCCCUAUCAAACAACGAUGGCAAGCCCCCAGUAGACAAGGUGCUCGGACCAGAUAUCUUCAACAACGAGCAGCCGCAGGUGGUCAUUCCGAAAGGGACAUGGCAAAGUGCCCUUUCAAGUGGGAAGUGGACUUUAGUCGGCACUACCGUGGCCCCAGGUUUCGUCCCAGAUGGCGUAGAACUUGCACCACCUGAUUGGAAGCCGGAUGGAGCAUAA